AUAGCAACUUUACGGACGUGAUCAGGCCGUUUUGCCUCCGUUUAUUAUGGGAGGCAGGAGCCAUUAAUUAAGAAGAAAAAGAAGAGCCAUCAGCGACUCCGGUUGCCUCAUGGCCUCGUCCGGCCGUUUCCUUCAUUUUCCUUCAUCUCACCAAUUGACUAUAUAUUUAUGGUCUCAUCGUCCCAUGUCAUUUAAUUCAAAGUGCAAAGUAAAAAACUAAAGUGGAAAAUAGAAGUGGCAGUGUGCAUGUUGCUGCGGAAACCACAGAGAUAAAACGGUGAUAAGUCGUCACUGAUAACAGACGGUGAUAGAUUUCUGUUGUCGUCAAGUUGCUAUGAUAAAAUGUCCAACACGCUUACUCCAUUUGUAUAUUGGGCCCAGACGGAGAAUCAAGUUACGCUGAAGGUAGACUUGACUGAUGUAAAGGAUCUUAAUGUCAACUUGAAUGAAACUACAUUGCAAGUUACAGCCUACGGAUAUGGAGCCAGAGGAGUGAACAGUUACAGCUUUGAUUUAAAUCUUCACUCAUCUAUCAAUCCAAACGAGAGUAAUUACAAGGUAAUUGAUCGUGAGGUGGACUUUGUCUUGAGAAAGAAAUGUAAUGGCUGGUGGCCGAGACUAACAAGUCAACCACAGAAGCCUUCAUGGCUUAAGAUCGAUUUUGACAAAUGGAAAAGUGAAGACAUGGACGAUAAUGAGGACGAGAAGCGUGAUAUUCUUAACGAUUAUCCUGACAUGUAUGAUAAAUUGCACAAAGAAGAAUUUGGAUAUAGAAAAGAGGACUUUGCGAAGGUGUAUCUAGUCAUAUAUAAUCUCUGUCAAUUUGUCGGUUUCAUUUAUGUGUUUGCCGUAAUGGCUAUAAAAUAUUCCCGCGACGGACCAGAUUUCAUGAAAGAAACAUAUGACGCAGUAGGCAAUCCAUUCAAGUUUAUACAACUGUUACAAUUUUUAGAGGUAAUGCACCCUUUAUUUGGAUAUACGAAGAGCAGCGUACUAGUGUCUUUCUUACAAACGGGAGGUAGAGCGUUCAUACUAUUCUUCAUGAUCGACGCUGAGCCUCGUAUGCAAACCAAACCGGUCGUUUUCUACAUGUUUCUCAUAUGGAGCAUGGUAGAAAUAAUCAGAUAUCCGUACUACAUCACGCAAGUGUUGAACAUUGAGAUAUCUUUCCUAACGUGGCUGAGAUAUACAAUAUGGAUACCGUUGUACCCGCUGGGCUUCAUAUGCGAAGGUAUUAUAAUGCUACGAGACAUUCCGUACUUUGAGGAAACUCAAAAGUUCACGAUUUCUUUGCCAAAUAGUUACAAUUUUGCUCUUCAUUUCCCGUCUCUAAUAAGACUUUAUUUACUCUUCUUAUUCAUGCCUGGAAUAUAUACGCUAAUGUCUCGUAUGAAUCAGUUGCGCUUCAGAAAAUUUAGAAGGUCUAAUAUUAAGAAGUAUAAUUGAUUUCGCGGGAUAAAUAAUCUUCAGGCUUGUAUUCCUCUUUUUAUCUAGCCAUUAUUGUGCAGAAGAUAUAGGCAAUAAAAAAGUGUGAGACACAAAAAGGCAUAAUAAGUUCGGUUUAGCAUAUACAGUUUUUGUAAUAGUGUAAUUUUGUAUAGACGUUUAUAUGUUUUUAUCGC